ACCUUCCCUUCAGUGUUUUGUCACCGCUCUUGCCUCCCUGGCUCCAGCGUUUGGUGGGAGGAACUUUGUUGUAUUCUAUUUAGUCUUCUUAACACUGUUUUUUUUUAAAAAUAGUUUUAUAUAAGCAAUGUGGUUUACUUAUUUGCUCAGCUGGCUCUCCCUGGUGAUACAAAUCUUAUUUGUCACAUUAGCAAUUGCUGCAGGGCUCUACUACCUGGCAGAGGUAAUAGAAGAAUACACAGUAGCGACCAGCAGAAUCAUCAAGUACAUGAUAUGGUUCUCCACGGCGGUGCUGGUCGGGCUCUACCUGUUCGAGGGAUUCCCUGCAGUGAUGAUGAGCGUGGGGCUCUUCACAAACCUUGUCUACUUUGGGCUGCUGCAGACUUUCCCUUAUAUCCUGCUCACCUCGCCCAACUUCAUCCUGUCCUGCGUGCUGGUCAUUGUCAAUCACUACAUGGCAUUCCAGUUCUUUGCAGAGGAAUAUUAUCCAUUCUCUGAGGUCCUGGCGUACUUCACGAUCUGCCUGUGGGUAAUACCCUUCGCUUUCUUCGUAUCGCUGUCGGCCGGGGAGAACGUGCUUCCUUCCACAGUGCAGCACGGAGAUGACGUGGUAUCAAACUACUUCACCAAAGGAAAGAGAGGCAAGCGCUCUGGAAUCCUGGUCAUAUUCUCAUUCCUCAAAGAGGCAGUGCUGCCCAGCAGGCAGAAAAUGUACUGAGAACAUUGGAGAGGAAGGAACAGGGAAAACGAAUCCUGUCACUUUGAUUUGAGAACACAAAGACUGUACGGCAUGAGAGGGAAACAAAGAAAAGGAAGGGAUGAUGUGAGCGAGAGAAGAAGCGACCUGGAGAGAAGCCAGAGCACAGAGUAAGGGGCAGAUCCGAGUGGCUGUGUUCGUGCCUGCCCUCCAGACCGCCUGUGCUUCUCUGAAUGAUUUGGGAUUAACUGUCAUUGUUUUUGUAUCGUAUGCCUGUUAUUGGCAGUCUGACUGGAGAUUUCUGCUUUAAUGAUGGAAAUGGAAAAAGGAGGUCUGUGAUUUGCCUGCUAGAUAAAACAUAAAACCCGGAAGGAAAAAAGAAGAUGCUGUUAGCAAAUUAAAUAAAUAAAUUAAUAAAAAAAAAAAAAAAAAAAAAA